AUGAACGCGCAGAUGUCAGGCCAACACUCCGCAGAGCGUCCACGACAGACGUCGCGAAAGUCGUCGGGUAAUCUGCAACCGCUGUCGCUCCCUUCGUCGACGUAUGCCAAGCAAUUCGAGAUCGAAGAAUGUACUGCCCCCAUGGAAACACCCAUUCCUCCGCGAGAACGGCGACAAAGCGUCGAGUUGGUCUACAGCGACGUGGAUCCGACUACGGACCAGCAACCCCCAUCUUCGACCCCCCAGAGUCCAAAGAAAGGAACGUGCGUCGUACAGACUCGAUGCAGCGAUCGAGUAAAGCUUUGUCUGUGUGAAGUCAAGCGCCAUCGAUCCCUCACGUCCUGCUGGCUGGUUGCCAACGGCAUCGUGUACGACGUGACGAAUGUCAUCCAACAACACCCUGCAGGAACCAAGUGCAUCUUGCGCAAGGCGGGUGGUGUCGACUGCACACAAGACCUGCGCUUUCAUUCUAAGGACGCCCAGCGGUGUUGGAAGCAGUGUGCUAUUGGGAAGUUCCUUCCAUGCGGCGACGACAACGGCGGCGACGCCGCUCAAGGCUCGUGCUCCAUCAUGUAG